GAUGUCCCAGAGUCAACAGCGAGCGAGCAGCCGGAGAGGGGAAGCAGAAGACAGAGAGAGGAAGAAUACGGCGCCCCCUCUCUCCCUCCCCUCCCCCUUCUACUUUAGCCCUUCUGCGCACUUCGCUUCCAAGUCUCCGCGCAGCCAGGAGCCGCUGUUGCCUCCCAGCCCCUGCUAGCUGCCCCCGGAGCGGAGCGCAGCGAGCGCCGCCGCCCGGGCCCCCCCGUGGGGCCGGGGCCAGCAUGGAGCACCUGGGUCCGCACCACCUCCACCCGGGCCACGCAGAGCCCAUCAGCUUCGGCAUCGACCAGAUCCUCAACAGCCCGGACCAGGGUGGCUGCAUGGGGCCCGCCUCGCGCCUCCAGGACGGAGAAUACGGCCUUGCCUGCUUGGUCGGAGGCGCCUACACUUACGGCGGCGGGGGCCCCGCGGCCGGGGCGGGGGCUGGAGGCGCGGGGGCCUAUGGUACUGGAGGUCCGGGCGGCCCCGGAGGCCCGGCAGGCGGCGGCGGCGCCUGCAGCAUGGGUCCUCUGACCGGCUCCUACAAUGUGAACAUGGCCUUGGCGGGCGGCCCCGGUCCUGGCGGCGGCGGCGGCGGCAGCAGCGGCGGUGCCGGGGCACUCAGCGCUGCGGGGGUGAUCCGGGUGCCGGCACACAGGCCGCUCGCAGGAGCCGUGGCCCACCCCCAGCCCCUGGCCACCGGCUUGCCCACCGUGCCCGCCAUGCCAGGCGUCAACAACCUCACUGGCCUCACCUUCCCCUGGAUGGAGAGUAACCGCAGAUACACAAAGGACAGGUUCACAGGUCACCCCUAUCAGAACCGGACGCCCCCUAAGAAGAAGAAGCCGCGCACGUCCUUCACACGCCUGCAGAUCUGCGAGCUGGAGAAGCGCUUCCACCGCCAGAAGUACCUGGCCUCGGCCGAGCGCGCCGCCCUGGCCAAGGCGCUCAAAAUGACCGACGCGCAGGUCAAAACCUGGUUCCAGAACCGGCGGACAAAGUGGAGGUAACGGCUUGUUCCCGGUGCAGACGGCAGACUGCGGAGGAACGGGAGGCCGAGAGGCAGCAAGCAAACCGCAUCCUCCUGCAGUUGCAGCAAGAGGCCUUCCAGAAGAGCCUGGCACAGCCGCUGCCCGCCGACCCUCUGUGCGUGCACAACUCGUCGCUCUUCGCCCUGCAGAAUCUGCAGCCGUGGUCUGACGACUCGACCAAAAUCACUAGCGUCACGUCGGUGGCGUCGGCCUGCGAGUGAGCCUGCCCAUUCUGCCCUGUGGGACCCCAGGCCCACUCAGGGGUCACUGAGGCCUGAGACCCAGGACUCCUCCCCACCCUCCUGGCCUCAGACUGCACCCAGGAGGGGAACACUGCCCUCGCACGGCCCCGAAGGGCCCCCACAUUUGUGCCGACACUGUUCUCUCUCUCUUCGGUGGAAGAGCUCAAGGGACAAGGACACGCGCCCCCCUCCCAGACGCGUCCCGCACCUGUCUGAACUGUUAAGAAAUCUGUUUUUGUUUAUUUCAUUUUAUUUUAAUUUUUAACGUGGGAUUCAGAGAGAGGCAAGUAAGGUAGGGGAGGAGGAGCUUCUGGGGUCCUCAGGACUGUCAUCUGAAUUUGCCCUGGGAAACCCCUUCUCUGUGACCCACUUCUCAUCACACACAUGGAAACCCAUAGGCCCACACAGAGGUGCUGUCACUGUCCCUCCUGGUGUCACCCCAGAGCCACACAUGGGCAUCUACGGCAGAGUGUCAUCCAGACGCAGGGUCACAGUGUUUACACUUUGGACCUCACGAUCAGGCACAGGUCAGGGGUGACACAGAUUCAUCCUGAAAGCAUGGCACUCCCUCCAGCACAAACACAAGGUCAUGGCCACACUGUGACACACUACGCCAUACACAACAGCCAACAGCCACAACAGCCUCACUUGGUCUGCCAGGCCCCCACCACACAUCUCAGCCCAACCCAGGUACACACAGACAGGUUUUCACAUAAAUGCAGCCCAUUUCUCCAGAACCCAUUUGAGGGGUGGGGGGGUGUUAAGUUAUGCACUUAUAAGGUGUUUUCUGUGUAACCAUUUUAUAAAGUGCUUGUGUAAUUUAUGUGGAAAAAAUAAAUAAAAGCCUCCGGAUCCGGA